AAAAAAGAUUGUGCGUUCGGUCCCUCCUCAUCUUGUAUAGGCACUUACAACUCAAGUGCAUCUGAUAUCCCAACUGGGACUUGUACCUUUUGAAAACAUAUAUUUUGCAUAAUGCACCUCCCGAAUGCCCUCCGUGGGAGUCGUCAGCCAAGCGACGCCCCCGCGCAAGCCUUGAACAACCCGACAAACUAUACAUACCCUAGUACAUACACGCUAGGCGAUGCAGGAGGCGCCCUUUCUGAUCGUCCUGGCACCGCAACAGGCGGAGGGUACGACCUUCCCAAUGCGCCUCCACCUGUUCGAAUACACCUUAAGCCUAUUGCUCCUCCGUCGGCUAUGGGCCUGGCCAGCUAUGCGACGGCAACGUUCAUUGUAGCGACGUGGUUGACAGAGUGGUACGGGAAUCCCGAGACUCCCUUCAGGCUUUGGCCUUUUGUGUUGACAUUUGGCGGAUUCGGUCAAUUCGCGGCUGGAAUGUGGGCUUUCAAUGCUCGUGAUACCCUUGCUUCGAUCUUCCACACAAUGUGGGGCAGCUUUUAUAUCGCUGUCAGUUUGUCCCUUGGUCUAAUGGGUGCUGGCUCAAUCCCUCUUAACGAUCGCUAUGAUUACAAUGCUGGUUGGGGCAUUUGGAUGGCUCCACUGGCGGCUUUCACUUAUGUUUUGACGGCUGCUGCCAUGUUCCGGGAUCUUGCUUGGACUGGUACCUUAUUCACGCUGGCGACGGGAUCCGUCUUUGGUGUGCUAGGCUGGUUUCUGCACUCCACAGCUCUUAUCAAAAUCCUCGGGUACUUUUGGCUUGCAUCCUCCUUGCUGGCACUCUAUCGUGUAGCCUGCUACGUUAUGACUGAAGCCGUGCCUCACAGGGAUGUUCUCCCUCGCUUCAGGCACCCGGCUCGCAGGCACCAUUUCUCAAAGCAGUACCAUUACCCUUACCAUGAACCCGGUGUCGUUGCUGGAAACUAGAGGGUCUGAAAGGUUUUCAGCGAAAGAAUGAAUGGAUGUUAGUUGGAAAGGAAAUUCAAUACUUUAAAGAAUGACCGUUUAUUUGAAGUUUGAGAGUUCUGGGAUUUCUGUGUACAAAGUUAUCAAAUGAAUACUUGAUCUAUUUCUUGAAAUGUCC